GUUCUCUGCACUAAUUUACAACUCACGAGUCACAAAAUCUAAUUGGUGGUGGUGGACCAUGAACAAAGCAUCUCUUUGUAAAUUGUGACUGUGAAUCCAGUCUCUCUCUUUUACGAGUCUACAUGGCCAGAACCCAGAAGCUCCCUCUCUGGCCGUUGCUGGAUACGCGUCUUCGCUUUAAUUCUCACGCAGCGAAUCUAACUCCAGCGAUUUUGACGCCCCAAAAAGGAUUUCGUCUUGAAACACUUCCAGGAAACAUCCCCAAAUUAAAAUAAUUGAGGAAUAUUAAUUUGCUCAGUUGAUUCCUGAAACGUUCCCUGUUUCCAUUAUUUUCCUUGUCUCCCUCUCCCAUACUAUUAUAUAAAUAUCGCCUCAGCGCGCUUCUUACUAAUUUUUUCCUUUCUCUAGUCUCAGUUCAGAAGCUUCUCUUCCCAUCUCACUCUCUCGGAUCUCCCUCCGUGUAACUUAUUCUUCUGCUUGUAAGAGCUGUCGAACGGCAUUCUCGUUCUGUCAUUCUUUUUGCUGUAAAAUCUUGUUAAUUUUGUAUUUUUUUUUUUUUUUUGAAUAUAGAGAUCAUGGAUUUUUAGGGGUUCAACACCUUUGAAUGCUUCGUUGCUUUUUUUGAUAAUAUUGUAGGAGUUUUUUUGUAGAGAAUUUGGAACUGUUAUUGAUUGAUUUGUUUUUUCGAAGUGGCAGUCUUUUGGACUGUGGGGGAAGCUCAGAUCUUCGGUUUCUAGGGUUUCUGCAUUUGCUUCCUGUAUUGGGUUCUGAUUGGAAGAGGAACAGUAGUUUUGCGAGACUAUCUCACUUUCAAUCUGGUCUUUUGUCUGAAACCGGAAUUUUCAUGCAAGUUGUAGAUCUCCAGUAUAUAGGGUUUGGGGAAUACUGGGCUCGCUCGGAUUGUGCUGGUUAUAUAAGGAGAAAAACCUGGAUUCCCAAUUUCUAGGGUUUAGGUUAUUGUGGAAGAAGUGGCAUUCAUUUUCUGGGGCUUAUCAUCUCUUGUUCCGUUCGGUUAUCAACUGGUCUUGUGGGAGAAUCCUAUACUUUGAGGGAUUUUGAUCAUGGAGAAGGAUAAAUCCCCGUGCCAUGGAGGAGGUUUACCACCUCCUUCAUCCCGCUAUUCUGGUUUUCCUUCGGCUGGGAAUAGUUUCAAUGUGAAGUCUGAGCCCUCCGCAUCUACAUUGCCACCGCCAUCCCCAGCGUCUACUUCAGAAGCAAGUCAUUUUGGUCAUGCAAUGUCCUCUGAUUCCAGCCGUUUUAGCCAUGACAUCAGCCGGAUGCCAGAUUUUCCCCCUAAAAAUAUUGGUCAUCGGCGGGCUCAGUCUGAGAUCCUCAGUCUCCCCGACGACAUCAGCUUUGACAAUGAGCUUGGUGUCGUGGGUCCUGGAGACGUUCCUUCGCUGUCGGACGAAACCGAGGAAGACCUCUUUUCCAUGUAUAUUGAUAUGGAGAAAUUUAGUGCAUCUUCUGCCACAUCUGGAUUUCAAGCAGGUGAGACGUCUACAGCUGCGGCACCGCCACCAGCACCAGCACCAGCACCAACAACUGCAGCUCCUUCUGCCCAGAAUUUAUCUGUUGGGUCUGAUGAGAAGCGAAGGGUUAGGCACCAGCAUAGUCAGUCCAUGGAUGGGUCAACGUCGAUCAAAACGGAGUUCCUUGUUUCGGGUACAGAAGGUCCUUCUGCGGCAGAAACCAAGAAAGCCAUGUCAGCGGCUAAGCUUGCUGAUCUUGCUCUCAUUGAUCCAAAGCGUGCAAAGAGGAUCUGGGCAAAUAGGCAGUCAGCUGCAAGGUCGAAAGAGAGGAAAAUGCGCUACAUAUCUGAACUGGAACGGAAAGUGCAGACCCUGCAAACAGAGGCAACUACACUUUCUGCUCAGUUGACCUUGUUGCAGAGAGAUACAAAUGGACUGACUGCUGAAAACAAUGAGCUGAAACUCCGUUUGCAAACCAUGGAACAACAGGUUCACCUGCAAGAUGCCUUAAAUGAAGCGCUGAGGGAUGAGGUCCAGCGUCUAAAGCUGAUGACAGGACAAGCCAUUUCUAAUGGUGGGACCAUGAUGAACUACGGCUCUGCAUUUGGUGCCAAUCAGCAAUUCUACCCUAACAAUAAUGCGAUGCACACUCUCCUAGCUGCACAUCAGUUUCAGCAGCUCCAGAUUCAUUCUCAACCACCGCCGCAGCAACUCCCGCAGCAGCAGCAGCAGCAGCAACAACUUCAACAACAGCAGCUCCAACAGCACCGGCAACAGCAACUCCAGCAGCAACAAACUGGGGACUUGAGAAUCAAAGCUCCCUUGACUUCACACCAGAGGGAGAAUACAUCAGAGGUCAAUUCUGCAUCCAAGGACUGAGGUGAAAUGGGUCAGAUGCUGAGGGUCUGGUUAUCGAAGGGGGCGCCAACUGUUCAAAGUCUCUAGGUCUAAGUUAAUCGGUUAUAGUUUUACUUAGGUUCCAUGUUUUUUCGACUUUUUAAGGUAGGACUUAGGAGGGGCAGACAGAUUUGCUUUCAUAAAAACUAGUGUAGUCUUAGCUGUACUUAAGCAGGUUGCAUAGCUUGGUCAGUUACAUCUAUGCAGACGUGAUAUUCUUUUUAGCAGUAUUCUAUUUAAUUCAAUUUUUUAAUGGGAUUCCUUGUAUUAUUUCACCCUGCAUGAAGGAUAACUUCUGGUUUUAGCACUUAUGUGAAGGUGCAGGGGAUGGAAUCUUUUUUUUUUUUUGUGCUUUUUUUGGCCAAGUUAAUUGUUUCCAAUCCUAUCAUCCUAUGUUCACAUGAUGGCCACCUGAUUUGGUUCGGGUGUAUCCUAUACUUUUAGACCUUAUUACCAA